UCGGUAUUCGCUGACCAUAUGUCUUUUCCAGAUCAUCGAAUGGGCAUUCGGCAAACGCAUGACGCCCGCCGAGCGUCUGCGCAAGAACCAACGCCUCCUGGAUAAGGCCAUCCGGGAACUCGACCAGCAAAGGGUGAAGCUCGAGAAGCAGGAGAAAACUCUUGUCACGCAGAUCAAGCAGAGUGCACAGAAGAACCAGAUGGGGGCAUGCAAAAUUCAAGCCAAGGAUCUCGUAAGGACGCGGCGGUAUAUUGAGAAGUUUUACGGUAUGCGCAGCCAGCUACAGCAAAUAUCCUUGCGCCUCCAGACGCACCGCACCAACGAACAGAUGAUGCAGGCCAUGAAGGGGGCCACUAUGGCACUGGGGAGCAUGAACCGCACAAUGAACUUGCCUUCUCUGCAGCGAAUCGCGGCCGAGUUUGAGAGAGAAAACGACAUAAUGGAGCAAAGGCAAGAGUUGAUGGACGAUGCCGUCGACGAUGCUAUGGAUGUUGGCGUUGAGGAGGAGGGAGAUGAACUGGUUGAACAGGUUCUUGAGGAGAUCGGCGUUGACCUGAAGAACUCGCUUGGAGAGACACCGCAAGGGCUGCAAACAGAGACGGUUGCAGAGACACGGAUUGCACAAGCGGUUGGUGGUGGUGGCGAUGAUGACUUGCAGGCCAGGCUGGAUAGCCUUAGGCCAAAAUGA